UGGAGAAGCCGCAGUCCCGGCGGCUCGGGCUCAGCGCGCGAGGGCUGUGGAGCGCAGAGCGCGGACCCGCGCUGGCAUGUCCCCGCGCGCGGGAGCCCGCGGCGGCCGCCGGGCCCUGGCGGCUGCUAACUUGGCUGCAGGCUCCGGCGGCCCGGGCCCGGCCAUGUAGUCGCCCGCGGGGCUCUCUGCAGCCCGGGAGCGGCAGCGAGCGCGAGCCGGAGCCCGGCAGCUUCCCGGCUUCCCCCGGAGGCUCUGAGCGCGCGCCGCGCCCCCGCCGCCCCUCGGGCCGCACUUUGGGCCCGAGAGGGAGAUGGGGGAGAAAGUUUCCGAGGUGCUGGAGCCAGUGCCCCGCGGCUGCAGCGGCCACGGUGCCGGGACUCCCGCCCCUGCGGCGGCUGCCGCGUCCUCGCCGGGCGCUUCCUCGGCCGAGUCCUCAUCGGGCUCAGAAACUCUGUCGGAGGAAGGGGAGCCCGGCUUCGCCCGCGAGCAGCCGCAGCCGCCGCCGCCGUCGCCGCCGCCUGGAGGCGCUCGGCCGUCCGCCGCGUGGGCUCCUGCGCGCCUGGGGUCGCAGCGUGGAGUCCCCGCGCCGCCGCCGCCGCUUCCCGGAGGAGCCGCGCCCCCCGCGCCCCGGGGCAGCAGCGCGUCCCAGGAAGAGCAGGACGAGGAGCUUGACCACAUAUUAUCCCCUCCGCCCAUGCCAUUUCGGAAAUGCAGCAACCCAGACGUGGCUUCUGGCCCUGGAAAGUCGCUGAAGUUUAAGAGACAGAUGAGUGAGGAUGGAAGACAGCUGCGGCGGGGAAGCCUGGGAGGCGCUCUGACCGGGAGGUACCUCCUUCCAAACCCGGUGGCGGGGCAGGCCUGGGCAGCCUCUGCAGAGACGUCCAACCUCCUGCGUAUGCGUAGCCAGGCCCUGGGCCAGUCGGCGCCCUCGCUCACAGCCAGCCUGGAAGGGCAGCCUCCGAAGAGCCAUUUCAACUCAGCCCGACAUCGCCAGAGACUAGUGGACCCAGCUGCUUCAAAAAAGGAGCUGAGUCUCCCCAGAAGAGGAAGUCUGAUAGAUUCCCAGAAGUGGAAUUGCUUGGUCAAACGUUGCCGAACCAGCAACCGGAAAAGCUUGAUAGGCAAUGGACAGUCCCCAGCCUUGCCUCGGCCCCACUCACCUCUCUCUGCUCAUACAGGAAAUAGCCCUCAAGAUAGUCCAAGAAAUUUCUCCCCCAGUGCCUCUGCCCAUUUUUCAUUUGCACGGAGGACUGAUGGACGCCGCUGGUCCUUGGCGUCUCUCCCCUCCUCUGGCUAUGGGACCAACACACCCAGCUCCACGGUCUCUUCUUCCUGUUCCUCCCAGGAGAAGUUGCAUCAGUUACCAUAUCAACCAACACCAGAUGAAUUACAUUUCUUAUCAAAACAUUUUUGUACCACUGAAAGCAUCGCCACAGAGAACAGAUGCAGGAAUACGCCCAUGCGCCCUCGUUCCCGAAGUCUGAGCCCUGGACGUUCUCCCGCCUGCUGUGACCAUGAAAUAAUUAUGAUGAACCAUGUCUACAAAGAAAGGUUCCCAAAGGCUACUGCUCAGAUGGAAGAGCGCCUAAAGGAGAUCAUCACCAGCUACUCUCCGGACCACGUUCUCCCCCUCGCAGAUGGAGUGCUUAGUUUCACUCACCAUCAGAUUAUUGAACUGGCUCGCGAUUGCUUGGAUAAAUCCCACCAGGGUCUCAUCACCUCACGAUACUUCCUUGAAUUACAGCACAAAUUAGAUAAGUUGCUACAGGAGGCUCACGAUCGUUCAGAAAGUGGAGAAUUGGCAUUUAUUAAACAACUAGUUCGAAAGAUCCUAAUUGUUAUUGCCCGCCCUGCUCGGUUAUUAGAGUGCCUGGAAUUUGAUCCUGAAGAAUUUUACUACCUAUUGGAAGCAGCAGAAGGCCAUGCAAAAGAAGGACAGGGUAUUAAAACGGACAUUCCCAGGUACAUCAUUAGCCAGCUGGGCCUCAAUAAGGACCCUCUGGAAGAAAUGGCUCAGCUGGGAAACUAUGAUAGUGGGACAGCAGAAACACCAGAAACAGAUGAAUCAGUGAGUAGCUCUAAUGCUUCCCUGAAACUUCGAAGGAAACCUCGGGAAAGUGAUUUUGAGACGAUCAAAUUGAUUAGCAAUGGAGCCUAUGGGGCAGUCUAUUUUGUUCGGCAUAAGGAAUCCCGGCAGAGGUUUGCCAUGAAGAAGAUUAAUAAACAGAACCUCAUCCUCCGAAACCAGAUCCAGCAGGCCUUUGUGGAACGGGAUAUCCUGACGUUUGCAGAAAACCCCUUUGUUGUCAGCAUGUACUGCUCCUUUGAGACCAGGCGCCACUUAUGCAUGGUCAUGGAAUAUGUGGAAGGGGGCGACUGUGCUACCUUAAUGAAGAACAUGGGUCCUCUCCCUGUUGAUAUGGCCAGGAUGUACUUUGCUGAGACAGUCCUGGCCUUGGAAUAUCUACAUAAUUACGGAAUUGUUCAUAGGGACUUGAAGCCAGACAAUUUGUUGGUCACCUCCAUGGGGCACAUCAAGCUGACAGAUUUUGGGUUAUCCAAGGUGGGACUGAUGAGCAUGACCACCAAUCUUUACGAGGGUCAUAUUGAGAAGGAUGCUCGAGAGUUCCUGGACAAACAGGUCUGUGGCACACCUGAAUACAUUGCACCAGAAGUGAUUCUCAGGCAAGGCUAUGGGAAGCCGGUGGACUGGUGGGCCAUGGGGAUUAUCCUCUAUGAAUUUCUGGUUGGAUGCGUGCCCUUCUUCGGGGACACUCCAGAAGAGCUAUUUGGACAAGUCAUCAGUGAUGAGAUCAACUGGCCUGAAAAGGAUGAGGCGCCACCACCAGAUGCCCAGGAUCUGAUUACCUUGCUUCUCAGGCAGAAUCCCCUGGAGAGACUGGGAACAGGUGGUGCGUAUGAAGUCAAACAGCAUCGAUUCUUCCGUUCCUUAGACUGGAACAGUUUGCUGAGACAGAAGGCAGAAUUCAUUCCCCAACUGGAAUCCGAAGAUGACACAAGUUAUUUUGAUACUCGGUCAGAGAAGUACCAUCACAUGGAGACCGAAGAAGAGGAUGACACGAACGAUGAGGACUUUACUGUGGAAAUAAGGCAGUUUUCCUCUUGUUCACACAGGUUUUCUAAAGUGUUCAGCAGCAUAGAUCGAGGUACUCAGAAUUCAGGAGAAGAGAAGGAAGACCCUGGGGACAAAACCAAAAGCACAACUUUGCCAUCCACGGAAACAUUAAGCUGGAGUUCAGAGUAUUCUGAAAUGCAACAGUUAUCCACAUCCAACUCUUCGGAUACUGAAAGCAACAGACAUAAACUCGGUUCUGGCCUGCUUCCCAAACUGGCUAUUUCAGCAGAGGCAGAACAAGAUGAGGCUGCUCCCCACCCUAGAGAGCUGCAUGAAGAGCCGGAAAAGCCAGCCCUUCCCCCUGCAGAGAGUGCUCAGGAGGAGCCUGAGGUCACCACCCCGGCCAGCACCAUCAGCAGCUCCACCCUGUCAGUUGGCAGUUUUUCAGAGCAUUUGGAUCAGAUAAACGGACGAAGCGAGUGUGUGGACAGCACAGAUAAUUCCUCAAAGCCCUCCAGUGAACCCGCUUCUCACAUUGCUCAGCAGCGAUUAGAAAGCACAGAGAAAAAGAAAAUCUCGGGGAAAGUCACAAAGUCCCUUUCUGCCAGUGCUCUGUCCCUCAUGAUCCCAGGAGAUAUGUUUGCCGUUUCUCCCCUGGGAAGUCCCAUGUCUCCCCAUUCUCUGUCCUCGGACCCUUCUUCCUCAAGGGAUUCCUCUCCCAGCCGAGAUUCUUCAGGAGCUUCUGCCAGUCCACAUCAGCCCAUCGUGAUCCACAGUUCAGGGAAGAACUAUGGUUUCACCAUCCGAGCCAUCCGGGUGUACGUGGGAGACAGCGACAUUUACACAGUGCAUCAUAUCAUUUGGAAUGUAGAAGAAGGAAGUCCAGCUUGCCAGGCAGGACUAAAGGCUGGCGAUCUGAUCACGCACAUCAACGGAGAACCAGUGCAUGGACUCGUCCACACAGAGGUUAUAGAGCUCCUGCUAAAGAGUGGGAAUAAGGUGUCAAUCACGACCACCCCGUUUGAAAACACAUCAAUCAAGACGGGUCCCGCCAGGAGAAACAGCUAUAAGAGCCGGAUGGUGAGGCGGAGUAAGAAAUCUAAGAAGAAAGAAAGUCUAGAAAGGAGGAGAUCCCUUUUCAAAAAACUAGCCAAGCAGCCUUCUCCUUUACUCCACACCAGCCGAAGUUUCUCCUGCUUGAACCGAUCCCUGUCAUCGGGGGAGAGCCUCCCAGGGUCCCCCACUCACAGCUUGUCUCCCCGAUCCCCUACGCCCAGCUAUCGCUCCACCCCUGACUUCCCAUCCGGUACUAACUCCUCCCAGAGCAGCUCCCCAAGCUCUAGUGCCCCCAACUCCCCAGCAGGAUCCGGACACAUCCGGCCCAGCACGCUCCAUGGUCUGGCCCCCAAACUCAGCGGGCAGCGAUACCGGUCCGGAAGGCGCAAGUCAGCAGGCAACAUCCCGCUCUCCCCGCUGGCCCGGACGCCCUCUCCAACGCCACAGCCCACCUCCCCUCAGCGGUCACCGUCCCCUCUGUUGGGACACUCCCUUGGCAAUUCCAAGAUCACUCAAGCCUUUCCCAGCAAAAUGCACUCCCCGCCCACCAUCGUCAGACACAUCGUGAGGCCCAAGAGCGCAGAGCCCCCGCGGUCUCCACUGCUCAAGCGCGUGCAGUCAGAGGAGAAGCUCUCUCCCUCCUACAGUGGUGACAAGAAGCACCUGUGCUCCCGCAAGCACAGCCUGGAGGUCACCCAGGAGGAGGUGCAGCGGGAGCAGUCCCAGCGGGAGGUGACCUUGCAGGGCCUGGAGGAGAACGUGUGCGAUGCGCCCGCCCUCAGCCGGGCCAGGCCUGUGGAACAAGGCUGCCUGAAACGCCCUGUGUCCCGGAAGCUGGGCCGCCAGGAGUCUGUGGAUGAGCUGGACCGAGAGAAACUGAAGGCCAAGGUGGUGGUGAAGAAACCCGACGGGCUCCCGGAAAAGCAGGAGUCCCGCCAGAAACCCCACGGACUUGGCAGCGAUUUGGAAAAUCUCUCUGCUUUUAGGCUAGACGAGAGGGAGAAGAAAAUCUAUCCAAAGGCUUCAGAGAGGUCAACUCAUUUUGAAAAUAAAGCCGCGGUGCCGGAGAGCCAGGCCCUGGGCAGCCUGUUGAAAGGUGCCCUCCACAAGCAGGCCAGCGUGCGUGCCAGCGAGGGGGUCACCUUGGAGGGGGCAGCAGCACCCGGGGACCACAGCCAGAGCACCUGUGACCUCAGACGAGCCUCGGCCCACAGCACCCUCCAAGACAGCCUCUGUCAUGCCACCCGCAGGUCCACCUCCGGGAAGGGUGACAACACAGAGAAGGACCCCCAGGCCAAGGAGGGUCUCCGGUGUGAAAAGUUAGACAGCAAGCUGGGCAACAUCGAUUACCUCCGAAGGAAGAUGUCCCUUGAAGACAAAGAUGAUGGCCUCUGCCCUGCGCUCAAGCCCAAGAUGACACCUGGUGUCCAGGAGUGCCAGCCGGGGAGCCCAGGCCGGCCGGCGGGAGGGCAGCAAGAGGCCCCGCCCGCCUCUGAGAGCCGCGCGCCGUUCAGCAGCAGCACCCACGCAGCUCAGCUCAGCGCCGUCUCCUGUGUGCCCCUCAAGGCCCUUUCUGGCCGGGGGGACGGCGGAGCGGAGAAGCCGGGCUUGGCCGCUCCAGAGUCGCCUGUCCGGAAGAGCCCCUCUGAGUAUAAGCUGGAAGGCAGGUCUGUGUCAUGCCUGAAGCCCAUUGAGGGCACUUUGGACAUUGCUCUCCUGUCCGGACCGCAGGCCUCCAAGACGGAGCUGGCUUCCCCAGAGUCUGUGCAGAGCCCCAGCCCGGGCAGUGACGUGGGGCCCCCUGUGCCACCGGGUCCCCCCAGCAACUUGGGGAGAAAGGGAGAGGCUGCGGGUCAGAGGGAGGGCUCCCCUGCCAGCUUCAAGAGGAACAAAUCCUACCUGCUUGAGCCUCGGUUCUCACCACCCAGCCGGGGUCUGCAGAGUUCACCAGCAGCUCCCCUGCCUGAACCAGAGCUGAGGCUAGACUGGAAGGUUUCCUGCACGGCCAGGACCCCAGCAACCAUCAUGGAAAGCCACCCCCAGUGGGGAGAGGGCAGCCCCAGCCAACACCAAGAUCACUGCCCUGAUGUUAAGUUCCUUCCCUUCCUGGGGCAGAACCUCCAAGGCACCGACCCAUCUAGAUUACGCAGCCUGCUCCCACCUGAAGGUUCCCCUUCGCGGGAGAAGCUGAGUGGGAAGGAGUCAUCCGAAAGGGGCCCUUCCACAGCCAGAAGUGAGCGGUCAGCUUCAAGGGCUGAUAUCGGCAGAGACGCCUCCAAGGAGCUGUAUCCACUAGAAGCUGCUAAAACCAGUGACAACUCCAAAACCCUCCCUGCAUUGGGGAGGACCCGCCCGGAGGUCUCCACCCAGACCCAGACCUUGGAGAAAGCACGUGGGGCUUAUGCGAAAGCAAACCCCAAAGACGGCCGAGAUGAGGUGAGGCCAGUGGCCAGAGAGGACUCCUUUUUGCACUCUGUAGUGGCUCCUUGUGAGCGGGAGCUGGGCAAGGGAAGGAGUGGUCUGGAAUCGAAGCUGGAAUCCAUUCCUGCCAGGUGGUCCAUGGAGCUACCCAGGACAGAGAGUGAGAAGAGUGAAAAGCUCUCCAGUUUUCGACCUGUGCAGAAAGACAGUCCCAAGGAACCAGAAAGGAAAGAACAGCCCCUGCAGAGGCAUCUCACCAGUAGCUCUCAGCCUUCACCCACCACCAAGGAGCUCCCCGAAAAGCUCUCCAGUUUCCAAUCUGUGCAGAAAGACGGUCGCAAGGAACCAGAAAAGAAAGAACAGCCCCUGCAGAGACAUCUCACCAGUAGCUCUCAGCCUCCACCCAGCACCAAAGAACUCCCCGAAAAGUUCUCCAGUUUCCAAUCUGUGCAGAAAGACGGUCGCAAGGAACCAGAAAAGAAAGACCAGCCCCUGCAGAAGCAUCUUACCAGUAGCUCUCAGCCUCCACCCACCGCCAAAGAGCUCUCUGAAAAGCUCUCCAGUUUCCAAUCUGUGCAGAAAGACGGUCCCAAGGAACCAGAAAAGAAAGAUCAGCCCCUGCAGAAGCAUCUUACCAGUAGCUCUCAGCCUCCACCCACCACCAAAGAGCUCCCUGAAAAGCUCUCCAGUUUCCGAUCUGUACAGAAAGACGGUCCCAAGGAACCAGAAAGGAAAGACCAGCCCCUGCAGAAGCAUCUCACCAGUAGCUCUCAGCCUCCACCUACCACCAAAGAGCUCCCUGAAAAGCUCUCCAGUUUCCAAUCUGUGCAGAAAGAUGGUGCCAAGGAACCAGAAAAGAAAGACCAGCCCCUGCAAAAGCAUCUCACCAGUAGCUCUCAGCCUCCACCCACCACCAAAGAGCUCCCCGAAAAGCUCUCCAGUUUCCGGUCUGUACAGAAAGACGGUCCCAAGGAACCAGAAAGGAAAGACCAGCCCCUGCAGAAGCAUCUCACCAGUAGCUCUCAGCCUCCACCUACCACCAAAGAGCUCCCCGAAAAGCUCUCCAGUUUCCAGUCUGUGCAGAAAGAUGGUGCCAAGGAACCAGAAAGGAAAGAACAGCCCCUGCAGAGGCAUCUCACCAGUAGCUCUCAGCCUCCACCUACCACCAGAGAGCUCCCCGAAAAGCUCUCCAGUUUCCAAUCUGUGCAGAAAGAUGGUCCCAAGGAACCAGAAAGGAAAGAACAGCCCCUGCAGAGACAUCUCACGAGUAGCUCUCAGCCUCCACCCAGCACCAAAGAGCUCCCCGAAAAGCUCUCCAGUUUCCAAUCUGUGCAGAAAGACGGUCCCAAGGAACCAGAAAAGAAAGAACAGCCCCUGCAGAAACAUCUCACCAGUAGCUCUCAGCCUCCACCCACCAUCAAAGAGCUCCCCGAAAGGUUCUCCAGUUUCCAAUCUGUGCAGAAAGACAGUCGCAAGGAACCAGAAAAGAAAGACCAGCCCCUGCAGAAGCAUCUCACCAAUAGCUCUCAGCCUCCACCCACCAUCAAAGAGCUCCCCGAAAAGCUCUCCAGUUUCCAAUCUGUGCAGAAAGAUGGUCCCAAGGAACCAGAAAGGAAAGAACAGCCCCUGCAGAGACAUCUCACCAGUAGCUCUCAGCCUCCACCUCCCACCAAAGAGCUCCCCGAAAAGUUCUCCAGUUUCCAAUCUGUGCAGAAAGACGGUCCCAAGGAACCCGAAAAGAAAGACCAGCCCCUGCAGAAGCAUCUCACCAGUAGCUCUCAGCCUCCACCUACCACCAAAGAGCUCCCCGAAAAGUUCUCCAGUUUCCAAUCUGUGCAGAAAGACGGUCCCAAGGAACCAGAAAAGAAAGACCAGCCCCUGCAGAAGCAUCUUACCAGUAGCUCUCAGCCUCCACCCACCAUCAAAGAGCUCCCCGAAAAGCUCUCCAGUUUCCAAUCUGUGCAGAAAGACAGUCGCAAGGAACCAGAAAAGAAAGAACAGCCCCUGCAGAGACAUCUCACGAGUAGCUCUCAGCCUCCACCCAGCACCAAAGAGCUCCCUGAAAAGCUCUCCAGUUUCCAAUCUGUGCAGAAAGAUGGUGCCAAGGAACCAGAAAGGAAAGACCAGCCCCUGCAGAAGCAUCUCACCAGUAGCUCUCAGCCUCCACCCACCACCAAAGAGCUUCCUGAAAAGCUCUCCAGUUUCCGAUCUGUGCAGAAAGACGGUCCCAAGGAACCAGAAAAGAAAGACCAGCCCCUGCAGAAGCAUCUCACCAGUAGCCCUCAGCCUCCACCUACCACCAAAGAGCUCCCCGAAAAGCUCUCCAGUUUCCAAUCUGUGCAGAAAGAUGGUGCCAAGGAACCAGAAAAGAAAGACCAGCCCCUGCAAAAGCAUCUUACCAGUAGCUCUCAGCCUCCACCUCCCACCAAAGAGCUCCCCGAAAAGCUCUCCAGUUUCCAGUCUGUGCAGAAAGAUGGUGCCAAGGAACCAGAAAGGAAAGAACAGCCCCUGCAGAGGCAUCUCACCAGUAGCUCUCAGCCUCCACCUACCACCAGAGAGCUCCCCGAAAAGUUCUCCAGUUUCCAAUCUGUGCAGAAAGACGGUCGCAAGGAACCAGAAAAGAAAGAACAGCCCCUGCAGAGACAUCUCACCAGUAGCUCUCAGCCUCCACCCAGCACCAAAGAGCUCCCCGAAAAGCUCUCCAGUUUCCAAUCUGUGCAGAAAGACGGUCGCAAGGAACCAGAAAAGAAAGAACAGCCCCUGCAGAGACAUCUCACCAGUAGCUCUCAGCCUCCACCCAGCACCAAAGAGCUCCCCGAAAAGCUCUCCAGUUUCCAAUCUGUGCAGAAAGACGGUCGCAAGGAACCAGAAAAGAAAGAACAGCCCCUGCAGAGACAUCUCACCAGUAGCUCUCAGCCUCCACCCACCACCAAAGAGCUCCCUGGCCUGGCCACUCAGCAGCAUUGCAUUCAGCACAGCCACCCUGCUGGCUCUCUGCUGGGGAGCAAGCCCUGCAUUACAGACUCCAGCCUGGGCCUCCAGGACCCUCCCAAGCCCGCUGCUGUGCACGGUGAAAGCAGCAGCCACAAGCCCAGGUCUGGCCCCGACCCGGGCCUUGCAAAGUCUACGCACCCACACCGGCCCCUCUCCUCCCAGAAGCCGAGCGUUGAGGCUGCAGUGGGCAAAGAGCCUGUUGCUCAGCCCCCCGGCACAGAGGGGAAGGGCAGCAGUAAGGGUGUGUCAGAGGAGUUCCCUGCGCUUCCAGGUCCCCGGGACACAGCCCGCCAUGUGAUUGGCCAGGCAGCAAGUCGGCCCUCAGUCCCCCUGCACAUGGAAGCAGGUCCUCUAGACACCAAACUGAGACCCACCAGUGGUGGGUGUCCCCCAGAGGAUCUGGAGAAGCCCGCGCCUCCGCCACGGCAGGGGCCCCCAGGGCCCAGUGAGUCGGUGGACCAGAGAAUUCCCACUGUUGGGGAAAUGCAAAACCCAUCUCCGAAGGCCCCAAAACCAUCCACUGUGAAAGAUUGUCCCCCUCUGUGCAAACAGACAGACAGAAGCCCGAGUCCGCUGGCCACCAGCGCCGAGGCUGGGACGUCUGAAGGCAAGAAAUGCACCAAAGCACUUUACGCCCCUGCGGACGGCAGAAAGCCGGGGGCCAGCCUUGACCAGGCACAAGGUGGGGCCGGGCCCAAGGGCACGGAGAGCCUGGCAGCAGCUGCUGGGAAGGGCUCUCCGGAGGCCAAGGGGCAAGGGCCUGGCCCCCAGCAGCCACUGACCGAGGCGGGCAAGCCCAGCGGCAUGAAACGGUCGCUCUCGGCCACAGCGCAGAGCUCUUUCCGCUGCGCUGCCUUCCCCGAGCAGUCUCUGAGCUACUCCUCUGGCUUUCCCGAGGCCAGACCAAUAGUUCCAGAGACGUCUACCACCUGCAGCAACACCUCCUCUGCCAAGGCUGGCGGGGCCAUGGCUGAGCCCCCAGCCUCCAGCAGCAGGGACCAUCAGGGGCCCCUGCCUGGGGGGGAUGGCAGAACCCGAAUGACGAAGAGCGACUCCUUGCCGUCCUUCCGCAGCUCAGCCGUCAGCCUGGAGUUCCAGCGCCCCAGCCCAGGUGUGACGGGGGGCGCCAGCCAGCGGGACAAGGCCCUCUCGGGAGCAGCCGCUGCAGGAGAAACCAAAGGGAAAGAGCCAGCCCCCGCCCAGCCAGCCCAGACUAGGAAACAGAAUGUGGGCAGAGAGGUGACCAAGCCAUCCCCCACUGUAAGCACUGAGCGGCCCAUCGCACUUCCUUCUGAGAAGGACGCCGGGGCGCGACAGAGGCGGGGAAAAGAGAGUUUGCGCGGCAGCUCCCACAAAAAGGCCUCAUGAUGGGGCAGGCCCCGGGCGGCACGGGGGGACCCAGCCUGCGUGUGUAGCUGCAUCUUGACUACCUUGGAAACCAGCACUGUGGGAACCCCCCCCCCCCACCCCAGGCAGAGCCUGGAGUCUCGUUGAAGAAGAGGGGAGAGAAGAGACAGAGAAAGAGGAGACCUGCUUCCAAAUGCCUUCCCAAUUGGAACCGGUAAACUGUUACCAGAUAGUGUUUGUACCAAAAAAACAAAACAAACAAAAACAUCUUUUCAGUUGAGGUUGAGGGUUGUUGAGGAGAAAGAUUUUCUCUGUAAAUAUUUAGCAAUGUGUUUGGUUUGGGAUGUAGAGUCGAUACUUUGCUGCUGAUGGCGUCGUUUACUACACCUUUUUUUUUUUUUAAUGAGAUUUUUGCGCUACCAUUGAUCAUAAUGCGGUAAUGAAGCAGAAUGGUUAAACCUGGGUAUGUGUAAAAGUCUAGAUACACCCAUAUCUGUGUAUAUACACAUCCACCCACAUCUUGGUCUGUGGUCGAAAAGAAUAUUUCAAGGGUACAUUUUUCUCUGUAAAAGCAUUCUAAGUCGAGUUGAUGGUGAAAGAAAGCCCCAAAAUACACUAGAUUGUUUUUAUAUGUAUUUUUUAAGCAGAGAUUUUGAUAGUACUGUAUCUGGCUACUUAUCUUUCCAGAUCUAAAGCAAGAGCUACUCGAAUCACUGCAUUUGGAACCCUCCUUCACCGAGGAUGGCCACAGCAGAUGGAGCUAGCCAUUUGCAUUUCACGGUCAUCCUAAUGGCCAUUGUGAUCCUGGGCCCAACUGUCUGAAAGGCCAGUUGUCCUUGUCUGUGGGUGUGUGUGUCGGCUCUUCACCGUAGGCAGAGUGGGGGCUGUGAACACACGUAGACUUUAUUUCUGUUUUCUUGCUUUUCCUUUUCACGCUCUUAAACUCAGGCCUUUAUGCUAUGAGUCACUAGUCCAAGAAGCACACAUUUUGUAAUAGUUCUGCACCAGCCCUGCUGUUGAACACAAAGGAAAAUUACUGGCCGUGCACAAAUCUGCUAGUACUUAGGUUGAGUAAUAUGCAUCAGGCGUUGGAAGAGGUUUUAAAUUUGCUUUUUUGAGGAAAAGGGAGGGAGGGGUGUGGAUUUUGGCAUCAUAGCAUAUAUUUUAAGGAAUAAUCAGGACAUCAGAUACAUUUCAAUACAUAGCAGGGGCCUUAUGUUGUAGAUGAAGCUUGCUGUUUUUAGCAAGUUCCUGGGUUUCACAUUCAUUUCUGAUGUAUCAAGUAGCUCCAUACAUUUCAUAACAUGAUCUCUUUAUUUGUAUGCAAAAAAAUACUGUAUUAAUAAAGAGGAGCAUUUUUGUAACAAAAAGACUUGUUGGAGCUAUUUGGUGCUUGAAUGUGACUGUCCUUUUUACUUUUGCUAAGCCUUAUUUAAAUUUUGUAUACCAUGGAAUAUGUAGAAUUUGUCCAAUCAUUUUAGUGCUGAGGGGGUCUUUUUCUUUGUUUUUUGUUGCAGUUUUCCUGGUGGCUUGUUUUGUAUUGUUAGACGGCACUUGCUGACAUAAGUACUAAGGCACUAAGAGAAAAUACACACAGAGAAGUAUUUAUAAGAUGCUUGGGAUCUGUAGCAGGAUUUUUUGUUUUAUAAGAGAAAAAAAAUUACCAGUAAAUACUAAUCCAGCACCCAACCCGCCUCGGGGAUGUCUUAGUAUCUUCGGGCUAUAAAAUUGUUCACCUAAGCACAGCAUCGUCUUACAGCCCUGUGGAUUAUAAAUCGUGUAGCGAGGCUGUAAACUCCACUCCAAAAACAAAGGCAUAACUUAACCCACUGCCCUGGUUGUCCUUCAUUGUAAAAUGAAUUGGCAAUGGCAAAAAAAAAAAGAAAAGCAAAGAAAAAAGUCUCCUCCCUGCCCCAAAUUUUUUUCCCGUGAGUUUUUAGCCAGUCCCCAUCAAUAUGUCGUGAAUUGUAGAAGAAACAAAUAUUUUGAAAGAACUUGAAUGGGUUUCAGAAAUGGUCUCAAUAUUUAUAAUUCAUACCUGCAUUUGGCAGUUGUCAUAACCCGAUCCUUCUGCACCCAGACAUCUAGACAGGUCUAUCGGGGAGGUAGUUUAUGGUUUACAGCCUUUGCUUUUUAACUGUCAACUUUCCUUUAAAGCACAACUAGCUGCUUGUUUACAAAUGAUAUUUUUUAAUGUAUAUUUUGUAUAGUGUAUUAUCAUUUUUGCCAAAUAUGUUUUUGCAUUUUGGAUGGCUACAGAGUACCUAAGGUUGCAUUCAUGUAAUACCUGUUUGUUGUUGUAAACCUCUCCAGUCAGCUGGUAGAAAUUCUCCUGUGUCCUAUUUGGUCGGUCUCCUGUGAUUGUAAGAUGUGCUCCUCGGUAGUACUCCCAAGCUGUAGAUUUACCAGCUUAAAAGUUUGUUAGGAUCUGUGCAAUAACGUGUUUGCAGUCUUAUUUUCUCUAAGAAAUUCCCUAUGGAUGUCAUAAUUGUUGUAUAUUGAACAAAUAUUUAUACUUAUGCAGUUGCAUAACAUUGAAAUAAAAAUUUAGCAUGAAAAGAUAAUGGCUGUUAAGUUUUUUCCCCCAUAUACACACAUACAGAGCAUCUCUAAUACAUUACUGAAUGUAACUCUCUGUAAUGGAAAGGAUGGUUUUCUGCAGAUUCUUUUUGGUGAGUAGAAUGGUUUGCUCAAUUUUUUUAACUUACACAAACAUGUUCCAUUCUUCAAGAUAAAGUCUGCCUUUAGCUCCUUCCUCUGUUUUCUACCUAACUUCUUCCUUUCCUGCAGAACUUA